UAAAUGGAUCACGAGAAUGCCAAACAAAGGAAAAAAAGAUAAGGUAUGGUAGUCCAGACGCAUAAAAAAUCGUUUAUUCUUUCGGUAACUUGUGCACGAAGGCGAAAGUCAAAACAUUUCGAUCAGCAGUGACAGAUUGAUUUUACUCUUUUGCAUUUCUUGGGUGUAAACAGCAGAUUUCGAAAUCUGGGGGAAGUGCCAAACAGGCAAAUAAAGAAAACGGAGAUGCUGUGACUGACGAGGUGAGUCGUAUGAUUAUUUUGCGUAAGAAUAGAGAAAUCCGUCGCGGUUUCAGUCGAUUGAAUCACAAUUUCGAUUGGAUAUUGUUUACUGGGGUGGGUUCCAGCGGAACUUAAUUUUUGUGACGCAGAAUUACAUUCAAGGUUAAGCUUACUUUGUUUUUCUUCUCCACCUUAGGCAAAAUCGAAAUCUCAACCCGUCUCACAUCCACCGAGUCAAGCUGUCAAACUAAGGCAAUAUGCAAAUGGCCCGUCAAUUAUGAGGAAAGAGAAACGACAGAGUUCUUCAUCGUUUAACGUUAGUGACAAUCGAGAGAUAGUGAAGUUACCUCCGUUGAAAGGUGAGAUUUCAAGCAACUUCGAUUUUCUCGUUUGAGUAUACCAAAUAAAAUCGACGUUGCUGUGAUAAAACAUGUUAAUGCUCUUCCAAUUUGCCUGUUGUCGGGAAAGUUGGUCGCACACUGCGCUCAUAACCAGUUUAGUACAAUUUCGCCACGGGGAGUUCAGCGAGCAAAGUGUUUUUCUCGCGGCUUUGUUUACCAUUCGAUCAGUACUGGCUAUGAUUACGGUUUAUACAGUUAGUUGCCCCUCUUUUUAGCCAUAUCUCAAAUCAGUCUUUGAGCUGAGGAAUACUGUUGCUGUCGGAGAUAAAAUGAUAUAGUAAACACCAUUGGGCUAGCUAGUAUAGUAAACAUUUUAAUAUAUCAGAUUUAUUGACAUUGCUACCCCAUAGUUGGAAAUGAUAUUUCUUUGAUCUUAUAUGCCAAAACUGCGAUAUGGUAGGUUAUUUUGAUUGAGGGUGACCGAAAGAUUAUGUGAAAUUUCUACACCAAACCAAGGCAAGAUAAACAACACUUUUAGUUUUAAUAGCUGAAAAGAUUUUUAUUCUAAGACCCUCUGUUCUCUUCAUAGCAUGGUUCAAGUAAAUCUCAUUUGAAUCCCUAACCUUUAAGUGGUAAUAAGGUUGCAGUAACUGUUACUAGUUGCUUAUGAUUUCUUCCUCCCUCAACUCUAAAAUUAUUAUGCUAAACAAUAUUUAUUUCAGUCUUUACAAAUACUGGUCUUUGGCUAAUAGUAAUUUGUUGAUUAUCCACCGUUUACGGAUAUGGUGCGCUUUUGUAAACCACUGAUAUACUGGACAAGGUUGUAAAUAGAUUUUACUGUUCCUACAAAAUUCCUUUUGAUCUGUCCAUCACAUCAAUGCUACCCCCAUUUAUAAACAUUUUGUGACAAAAUCAUAAGUUACAUUAAUUUGAUUAGUUCAAUAAGUUAAUGACCUAAAUUACAGUGACUGGACACUUCAUCUUCCAACAAUUUUUUACUUAAUUGCCAAAUGUCAGCGGUUUUCAACAUUUCCUUCAUUAUUGGUGAACCUAGGGAUUUCUUAAUUGUUCACUUAAUAUAUCAAGCAUGAGAGGCAGUGUUUCAUCACCAGAUGAAACACGGAGAAGAGAGUUGAAAAUACGAUGCGCAGCAGAGUAUUUUGACGAAUUUCGAGGUGUUUCUUCUGACGAUGAAAUACUGUGUCAAAUGCUUGAUAUUACUUCUCAAACAAAAUGAUUUUAGGAGGAGAAAUUAAGGAUGAAAAAAUGAGCAGUUCUUCACCUGAUUUCCAAACACUCAUUAAACAUUAAUUUCCCUUGUAAUAUUUUUAUGAAUUAUUAAUGAGUUUGAGAAGACAAAGAUAAAAAAUAGCCUUUACCUGCUACAUUUUAUGCAAGUAAAUGUUUUGACCAAAACAUUCAUUAAAAUAAUGUCGUUUGUAAAUUUUUGGUUUGGCUUGUGCAUCAGCUAGCUCACUUAAGUGGACAGCAACCUUAAUUUUCGCUGAUUCUUCAUUUGCAUUUAAAUACAGAUUAAGAAAAAGUCAGCAGGUGUGUCAUGUAGUUUACUUUCCAAAUGGUAUUCCUUAAUCUUCUGGUUAGUUUUUGUCAUAAUAUCUUGAGCAUUGAAAGACUAGUUAUUUCAUGCCUUUCAGUGUAAUGCAGUAUAGCUGUCAAAAUUUUCUCCUUGCGUGUCCAGCUUAUUUCAAAGAUUUGGGAGGAAAUGGUAAUAGACUAUGCAUCAUGUCAAUUAACCCUAUGUGGCUUAAGAAGUCUAGUGUUUUGUUAAUAUGUGAAAUGGAUUUGGUGGCCUAGCCAGCAGCAGAUUUUGUAUAAGAUAUAAAAUGUUUUCCAUUACCAGUAAAAUGCUUUACACAACAAAACUUACUGUUUAAUUAAGCUCUACUAAGCUUCUAAGUUUUUCACUCCUAAUGUGAAUGUCCCAAUUCACAGCAAAAAAUGGAUUUCUUUUUGUAAAAUCCAAAGAAAUAAACGUAAUAAUCAGGGCUUCUGAUAGGUCACGGAAGAAAAAGUCAAAUUUUGCGGGAUUUUUCGGGACAAAUUCGUGGAAAAAUCUGACGAUUUCGCGGGAAUUUUCUGGAGUUUUUGGGGUAAACUUCACCAAAAAGCAAUCGGUAAAAAAUGGCUGAUUUUGUGGCAAAUUUCGCUAGGAAUCGAUCGGUUUUGCACUGAUCAGACCAGCUUUUUUAACAUUUUUCUGACAGAGGUCAUCAUUAAAUGAUGACCUCUGUCAGAAAAAUGGAGCGUAUUGUUAUUGAAAGAGCAAAUUUUGCUCUUUCAAUAACAAUACGCUCCAGAAAUGAAUUAAUGGCAAAGCCUUUAACAUCAUGGCUAGUGCCCAGUUUUUCGCAACAUAAUGUACGCCUGGUAGUUUUGGGACGUUGUUUGCACGUUUCAGUGACGAAGUUCUGAGAUAAAUUUGUAAGUUUACAGCAAGUAAAUAGCCCAAUAGCUGAAAUAAGGUUCAAAUAAUUAUGUUGUACAGACAUGUAUUUGACAAGAUUUCUACCGAAUUUUGCGUUAUUUUUCGUGUUUUUGUGAAUUUCGCGGGAUUUAGUGGAUUUACCUGAAUUUGGCGGCUCCGCUACCACGCGAAAUAUCAGUAGCCUUGAAUAGUACCAUGCAACCAUUCUGCCUAAGGGGUUGCAUGUGAUUAGGAACACCGUAGGAGAAGUGCUAGUUAUGGAACCCUACCAAAAUCCGUAUAGAUGCAAGGAAAGGGGAGAUGAAUGGAACCAAUAGCUGUAAACCUGAGCAGCCUUCAUCAUCCGAAAUUCAAAGUCAAUAAAACAUCCAUAAGAGACAGACUGACCUAAGCAUGACCUUUUUCUUGCUUGUUUCAGAUGCACCACCAAACGAAAGAGAGCAGCUUUUCGUCCAGAAAAUUCAACAGUGUUGCAUUUUGUUUGAUUUUGCCAUGGAUCCACUAAGUGAUCUCAAAUUUAAGGAAGUUAAACGAGCUGCACUUAAUGAGAUUGUUGACUUUAUAACACACAACAGAGGUGUAGUCACAGAUCCUAUCUAUCUUGAAGUGGCCCACAUGGUAAGAAACCAUCAUUCUCCUUAGUAACUAGCUGGAUGGAACAGGGUUGUCACUAAGAUUUCAAGUUGCGGGGUAAAUACAACAAGUAGGCGGGGAAUCAAACAGCUAGGGAUUUUGUUUGGUUCUAUUUUUCUUGUAUUUUCCUAUGAAAGUAGCGGGGAAUCAUGCUCAGAGUAGCUGGGGGGAAAUCCCCGGCCCCCACCUCUUAAAGACAGCCCUGGUGGAAUGAUUCACAGACCUUUUGAUUCAAUUUAAGGUACACUGUAUUUAAACUUAAUAUCGUUGUUUCCUUCAGAGUGAACAUGAUUUAGCGUCAGGGUCUCUCCUAGAUUUUAUUUAAUUUCCAGUUGUGGUGUUACCACAUUUAUGAGCUUACGCAACAGGAUGGCUGAAAGAAGAGGACAGCAUUGCAAAACGUUUGUGUGUGACAAAUGUGACAGGGCUCUUGCUUGUAUGUUUUGUCAUGAUCUUCACUUAACAUCACUAUGUUCCUGACUUUAACAAAAAGACCUCUUAAAAGGAAGGUGAAUUUUUAUGGAAAAUUCUUUCAUACUUAAGGUUUUGCUGUCUUCUUUCCUUUCCCAUCCUGUCGCAUAAGUUGACUAUUGAAAGGUUGCCAGGAAUGAAGCCCUGAUUAAAUUCUAGAUUCUCUUUCCACUUACCUUGUACUUCCUUGUUAAUCAAAAUGAGAAUUUGAUAUGAGAUGAGGAGUCUUAGAGCCUUAGUACAUGCACUCUUUCAGAUUUUUAGUGGCAUACAGUUGACUGCUACCAGUAAUUAAGCCAAGGUGUUGCUGAAACUCUGGAUUUAUUUUGUUCAACAGUUUGCAGUUAACACUUUCAGGACUCUUCCUCCACCAUCCAAUCCUAAUGGUGCUGAGUUUGAUCCAGAAGAAGAUGAACCAAACUUAGAAGCAGCUUGGCCGCACCUUCAGGUUGGAAAAUUUUUACUGUUGAUAUCUGAUGAACUUUGGGGUGACCUUACCCUCUCCUACAGGGCUUGAAAUUGCGACUGAUAUGGUCACCAAUUCAACUAACAUUUUCUCCUUGGCAGCUAAAAAUUCACUGGCUUAGUCACCCCUUUGGUGACCAGAUUUCUCUUGGAUUUAGAUUUAAAUUAAAAGAGUAAAGUUGAAAAAACAUUUCAUCUUACCUUGGUUUGCUUUUGUCAUAAAAAAUGGUGCCAAAUCACAUAAACAAAGCCAGUUUACCUCCAAAUUUAUACCAUCCUCUGUCUGCGAUAUUUUCAAACAAUCAAAUCUGAUGGAUCGUGCCAUACUAUGAGCUGCAUCAUUUACAUUAUACAAACUGGAGACUAAAAAUUUUACAUUCGGCGACCACAUUUCUCAGGUUGGUUGCCAAAAGGCGACCUGAGAAUUUUUUUAAUUUCGAGCCCUGUCCUAGCAAUCAAAACAGCUCCAGUGAUAGGGCUCCCCUAUUGUUUGUCUUAGAAGAGUCACUUUGUUAUUAAUCACAACGUUUUGACUGCUUAUCACUGGUCUUCAUCUGCUGUUGGUGAUGAUUUAGCUUGUAAUGUGUGACUAUGAGUAGCACAGCUCCUGUUGAUCAAAAAUACUAGUUGGUCAAAAAUAUCGAGACAAAACAACUUUAGUUGGUACAACACAAUUCAGCCGCCAUUGUUUUGGGUUUCAAAGCCAGGGCUUUUCACUACUAGUGGGCUAUAACAUAUAGCCUAGUAGUAGCUCAACCAAUCAGAAUGCAGCAUUGAUAAUAGACCACUAGUUGGAUUUUACUAAGAUAAAAUGGCAUGUUUCUGUGAUCCCUGUUGUUGCCCUAGAGGCUGCAUUACUGAUGUUUAAUAAUAUGUUGUAUUUAUCAUUUAGAUUGUGUAUGAAUUAUUCUUGAGGUUCUUGGAGUGUCAGGAUUUUCAGCCUGCUGUGGCAAAGAAGUUUGUUGAUCAAAAAUUUGUUAUGCAGGUAAUACAGUGAGUGGGUUAAAUGUGUUACUGUCAUCACCAUUAAGACUAGUUCACAAAUUCAGCAGUAGAAGUAGGAGUUGCAGACACGCAUUUCUAGUCUUGAGCUUUGGGAAGUCACAAGUAGAUAAGUUGUCGUACAUUGUAGGGCACAAUGGCUGAGAUUAUUAAGCAUAACAGCAAGCAACAUAUAUGUAGAGGAAGCAUGUAAAGUAUUAGUACCCUACUGUGACAAAAUUUUUAAAAUUUGACGGCAAAUGGUGCUUUUUCUCAUGCUUGCAUUGAAUGUGUAGACCACACAUUAUGUCUGUAUACCACAGUAUCUUAAGGUGGCUCACAGCAACUUUUACUAUUUUUUCAUCUCUUAUGCUUUUAUGGAUUAGUAUCUCUAUUAUCUGUCAGUGGUUACUUUGAUGAUUGUCACAUUGUCAACCAGGCCUAAUGCCAAGCAUGUCGUAACCAUGGCUUAUGUUUUAAAGUUUUUAUUGGAAAAAAUAGUAUCCCACAAUUAAUAGUUCUAAUCUUGAGACUUAUAAGACAGGGAUUACAGUAGAAGACUGUUUGCAGAGUUUAUAUAAGGAAUAAGCUGAAUAUACAUCUAAAUAAAGUGUACUCUUAACUUCAGUGUAUUUUUUUCUGCAAAAAAUUAGAACAUAAUAUUAUUAUUUAAGAACAUAAAUAGCCUAAAUUUGUGUUAAUUACCAUAUAUGUAAGAACCUGGUAAGGCUAACUUGGGAAAAUGCUGGUUCUUACUUGCUGGUUUUCACUAUAUACCUCCUUCUAAAUGAGCAUAGAGCGACACUUGCUUAGCAUCCCAGAGACUGUAGUACAAUGUACAUUAGAAGGGCUGGGGCUAUACCUGUGACACUCAAAAGUGGUACUUGCUAGUUGGCAGCUGUUUGCUGUUGCAGUUGUUAAAGUUUGUUGAUUGUUACAAAAAUGUAGGUCUCUUUGUUGUUAUACAGCUUCUUGACCUGUUUGAUAGUGAAGAUCCAAGAGAAAGAGAUUUCCUCAAGACAGUAAUUCACAGAAUAUAUGGCAAGUUUCUGGGACUCAGAGCUUAUAUCAGGAAACAAAUAAAUAAUAUAUUUUACAGGUAAAUGUUCUCUUCUCGCCCAUGUACAAGUCUUCCCAGUUGACUGAUGAUAAAAAAUCCAAUUCCAUGUGCAAACAUGAUGUGCACAUACUUGCAAUUUAUCAUCAUUGCACAAGGCAGUUACAUGUACCAGUAGUUUGGCUGUGAAUGCUCAGUGCUUCCUUUCAAUGUAAGAUGAAAAAUAUUGUUUGAAAAAUUCUUUUGCAGAUUUAUAUAUGAAACAGAACACCAUAAUGGGAUUGCAGAGCUACUAGAAAUUUUAGGAAGGUAUGUGUAAUUUUUUUUAAAGAUUCCUAUUCAAGGUUACUUAUGGGUUGAAAAUGAUUUCUACAACCACCUUGCACAGUAUAGUAAAUCCAGACAGUGAGUUUAAGUCAUUUUGUAAAUAUAUCGUCCCCUUUUUGUGCAAAAAUAAUGAUAAUCGGCCCCAGCUGUUAUUCGAGGAAAUGUGGUAUAUAUCAUAACAUGUAAGGUUAAAAGACUACUAAAUUUAAACAAAUUUUGCAUAUUGUAACAACAUUAAAACAUAUAAUUAAUAUAUAUAUUGUUUUCUUGCAGCAUAAUCAAUGGCUUUGCACUGCCUCUCAAAGAGGAACAUAAACACUUUCUCAUGAAAGUUCUGAUGCCACUACACAAAGUUAAGGCACUCAGCAUGUACCAUCCUCAGGUAUGACUCAACCUAACAAUUUUUUUUUUUUUUUUUUUUUUUUUUUUUUUUUUUUUUUUUUUUUUUUUUUUUUUUUUUUUUAUUUGCUUUACUUAACCCAAUAAUUACAAUAUUGAACACUGCUUACACUGCUUACAUUAUUUACAACAUUCAUACCAUACUUACAAUACUGACAAUACUUAUUGCUUACAUUGCUAACAAUACUACUGUUUUCAAACAUUAUUACAUUUCGUAUGCUUCAAGUACACAGUUGCAUCGGAAGAAACUUAUUUAAGGAUAGUUGGCGUUAUUGAGGCAGGAUAAGCUACGGAUGAAAGACAUAGAGAAUAUCAGGGGCGUUGGGAAUAGCGCCAUGGUAGAAACGAUAGUUUCUACGUGAUGUCGUGUAGGAAUGACCAUUGUUUGGGCAGAACAUUGUUUGCUUCUGCUUGUGCUUGUAUGUUGUAAAUUGUCUUUAGGUGUUUGAGAAAUCCUUGCAAUAGAGGUAUAGCUUCUUUUGUUUUGCAGAGCCAGAUAUAGUGCCUGGCAAUAAGAAAACAAAAGUUGAUCUGGCGUUGAAGUUUAGAAGAGUCUGAUCUCAGGCCUAGUGAAACAGUCAUGUCUGCAGAGUAACUCGGGAAUAAUUUGGCAAAGUUUUAAUCGCGUUAUGAUGCUCUCCCAGAAGAGCGCCGUUUUGGGGCAGGACCAGAAAAGGUGUACGAGUUUUUCUGGUUCUUUUUUACAAAAGGAGCAGUUGGAGUUUUCUUUUACUCUUAUCUUAGUUAAGAAAGCGUUUGUUGGUAUUCUUCUGUGCAGCAAUUUAAAUUGAAAUUCCCUGAGUUUUAUGCUUUUUGUGAUUUUAUGAGCUAGCUGGUAGGUCGCACCCCACGUUAUUUCAUUUUGACCUAAGUUGCAGUCUUGAUUCCAUUUUUGCUGGCUUGUAGUAGGGGGGGCACUUUUCUUUGUAAUUAAUUUGUCAUACACCAACUUGCUUGCUUUUUGGGCUUUCAUUAGUUUUGUCGAAAAGCUUUCGUAACUAUUACCAACACUUGGGCCGAAACCGAAGUAUUGAAGAGAAUUUAUGAUAAAAGGCCAUUCAAUCGUGUCAAAAGCCUUUUCGAAAUCAAGAAAUAAUAAUAGCCCUGGGAUAUUUUUUUCUUUGGUAAAACGAAUAACAUAGUCUAUUAAUCGUAUGUUCUCGCCAAUAAACCUGCCUUUCAUAAAGCCAGUUUGAUCACAGCUGAUGAGAUCGGGAAGAACCUUUUUCAGCCUGUUAGCCACAGCCUUUGCUGCAAUUUUGUAGUCGCAGUUGAGAAGAGUAAGCGGUCUCCAGUUUUUAAUGAAAUACGGCUCAGCGUCUUUCUUGGGAAUGAGUUUGAUUACUCCUCUUCUUUGUGUGAUGGAAAGCUGACUCGUUUCGUGCGCAUAAUUAAGAGCGUUAAUCAAUAAGUUUGAUAUGUUUGUCCAAAAUACUCUAUAAAAUUCUGCAGGUAGCCCAUCAGAUCCAGGGGUUUUUCCCUGUUCCAUGGUUUUCAGGGCUGCAAGGCAUUCCCUUUCUGUUAGCAGGCCUUCACAGUUGUUCCGUUGUUCGUCAUUCAGGACGGUGUCGUUUUCAUGUUUAAAAAAAUCAUAUGUGUCAAUUAAAUUGUGUAUAUUUCUGUUGGAUGUAUAUAGAUUCAUAAAAAAGAUUCCCCUUCUGCUAAUAUUUCCUGAUCCGAAGUAAUAAAGUUAUUUUCGUCCACUUUAAGUUGGCUUAUAAUGCCUUGCUUUAUAGUGUCUCUUUUCUAGGUUGAGGAAAUAUUUCGUUUUUUUUUCUCCUUCAUUAUGCCAUUUAAUUUUAGCUCUCAAUAUGGAACCUUUCGUACGAGUCUCAAUAAUUCUUUCUAACUCGCUCUUUAGAUCAUUCAGUUGUUCUGCAAGUUCAGAAUUUUCUGUUACGCUAGAGUCUCCGUUCUCCAUUUUCGAUUCUAGUUUGGAAAUUGCAUGCUCUAGUUCUGCCUCACGGCCCUUUGUUUUCUUAGUUUUAUUCAUUGCGUAUUGGAGCGAUUUUUCCCGUAUUUUAAGCUUAAUCAUGUCCCACAAUAGAGCAGAGUUUACCAUGUCAUCGUUUUCAUAUUCGUCUUGAACUUCCUUAAUCGUUGUCUUAAUAAGAUUAACAUAAGCAGUUUCGGUUAAAAGAGAGGUAUUUAAUUUCCAAAGGCCGGGUCCUCUGCUAUUUGCAUGAAGAGACAGAUCUAAAGUAAUCAUGGAAUGGUCUGUUUUAUAUCCUGGCACUAUAUCGGUGUUAGUGACGUCCCCAAUAACGCUUUGGCUUAUUAAAAAGAAAUCAAGUCUACAGUAAACCUUAGGUUGUCGUUGUCUCCAAGUGUACCUUUUGUCAUCUGGAUUGUGAAUUCUCCAGACAUCGAGAAGAUCUAGGUUCUCUGAAAUUUCUUGAACGGUCUUCAAGCUAUUUUGGUGAGUUUUGGCAAUGCCACCUUUUUUUUGUCAUUUUCGAUGUUAAGAACAAGGUUGAAGUCACCGCCAAUUAUUAUGUCUUCACAUUUAAAAUUUAAAAGAUGAUCGUAAAAGUUUUGAAAGAAUGAAGGUUUAUCCUCGUUGGGAGCAUAGAUGUUAGCGAGGGUCAAAAGCUUUUCGUUAGCUUUUAAGUCACAGAUAAUAAAUCUCCCUGCAGGGUCGGUGUAAAGUCUUUGGAGCUGAAGGUUAAAAUUAUUGUUAAAAGAAUACAUACCCCUGCUUUGUUGCUUUCAAAAGAGGUGAAGUAAGCUUGAUAGCCCCAUUCUGCUUUCCACAAGUGAUUUGUUUUUUCUAUACAGUGUACUUCUUGGAGCAUGCAUAUUGAUGGCCUUUUGGCGCGAAGCCAAUUAAAUACUUCUCUUCUUUUUAGCGUCAUCCCUAAGUCCCCUGACAUUCAAUGAAGUUAUUUUCAAAGUCACGAUUUGUUCAAGUCUUUUGUAAUAAACGUUGUCUCGACGGGAAAAAACAUGUGCGCCUCAAUAAAGGAUUUGCAUUCUUUCUAUUAGGUGUAAAAUGAUUGAUGCAAAAAAGGUACUCGAUAUUUUAAACAAAUAAUGAAGACUAAAACGUGCAUAUAAUAUUAGACUGAAGCAAAUGAUCACAAAAGGUAAAUUAAACAAAAUAACACUUUGAAUAAAUAAAAAAGAGUAGCGCAAAAACAAAAAACAGAGCAUAGACAAAUUUGUAGUUAGUAAAAUUAAAUUACUUUGGCAGCGAGAAAUUUGAAUGGUUGAUAAGACGUCCCUCUCCAGACUUAACGUAGAUUAUUUUGCCUGUUCAGUUUAUAAUUGAUCUAAGUCCUCUUCGGAAAAAAAUUCUAACAGGGGAGCCAUAGGGUGAUGUCUUAACAAAAUCUUACCAUCCAAAGACCAAACACUGAGUAGAGUACCCUCUUGUCUUCUCUUGUUCGCUUCUUUCAUGAUUCUACGCCUAUAAGCCGUGAGGUUCUCGUUUAUAAAAAUACGUUGUCGUUCCUGUGCAUUUGAAGGGUAGCUGGGAAAUAGAUCUUUGAUUUUGACAUCCUUUAGUUUGGUGCGUUCUUUGUAAAGUUUCGAUUUCACUUUAUGAUUGCAAAAUUUCACUAUAAUGGAUUUGCCCCGAUUCAGCUUGUGUGAAAUCUCUAUUUCUUCAGGCUCUAUGGUGAUAUUUAGGGCUUCAGCAACCUUGAUGACCGCGGCCUCCGUACUGGGAUACGCAUCUUCUGGAAUUCCAUGGAUUUCCAGCGAGUUCUUCCGAGUGUAUUGUUCCAAAUCAUCAUGGUGUUCCCACAGUCGAUCGGAUUCUUCUUUUUGCUUUUCUAGAUUCUCCUUUGUUGUUUUAAGCUCGUUCCUUGUUGAGGCUAGCAUGUGUUUUAAUUCUUUGUAUUCGUCCUUGGUCUUUUGCAAGGACUCUUUCAAAUCUUUAAGCUCCUUCUCGUAGAAGUUGGCAGAUUCUUUUAAUUCUUCGAUUUCCUUCUUCAGCGUUCGAUUUUCGCUAAGAACUGCAGCUAUUUGGAUUUGUAUGUCGACCAGUAGAGCCUUGAUUUCAAGAAGGCUAGGCUCUUCUUGUUCCUUGCCCGCUUCAAUCGAUUCUUCAACAUCAAUGUUUUCCUCGGCCGCCAUGUUGGAUUUCUUCGGAUUUCUUGGUUCGUCUUCGGUUGAGCCACGAUCACCUCUUUUAUUCUUUCUGGGAGGCAUUUACAUUGAAGAAGGUAGAUUACAUCGUCAGGGAGCCAGAUAGUGUAUUUUCAUAGGAGUAGGUGCCAGAGAGGGGUCAUCUUUGGCAAUGUUAGGCAGACACGAUGAAUACACGUCCGACCGCUGCGAUUUCCCGCCAAAAGUCAACCUAACAAUUUUGAUAUUUUGAAAUAAAUACUUGGCUCUGAGGCUUAGGGGAAAAACAUAGAAGACAUUGAGAAGAAAUUCUCAUUCAUUUCUUCUGCCGUUUUUCCUCCUUAAGCCUCAGAGCCAAGUAUUGGCCUUAAAAUGUUAACCAGCUCAUGGUCCAUGGUUCUCUCAAGUUUUUUCUGUAGAAAACUUGGCGUAUAAAUGUAAAUUUUCCACAAUCCUUCACUUACUGGCACUCCUGAUGAACGAAAAUUACACCUGUAAUCUUUCUUCAUAACAUAUCUUGCAUUUAUUAGAAUUUUUCAUCCACAGGAAUUUUUUUGUAGUUAUGUCUUCAACUAUGUGCAUCUUCUAAGAUGUGAAAUGUUACUAGCAAAACAGUUAUGCCUCAUAUAUGUUGCUUUUCAAUAAUAUUGAGAAUGCAGUUGUUUGGUUGUAUUGAUUUCUCAAUUGAUCUUUGCUGUUACUUUUUUACACGUUUGACUCUCUUCCGUGGCAAACACUUGAUGAUAGACGACGCUAUGCAAAGUCAGUUUUAAUGUACAAAAUAUUGAAUGACCACAUUGCCCUUGUCCCAAGGAACUCUUUUGUGAGAAGGAAUGUUAAUCAGACUAAUUACCAUCUACGUGACACGGCUACUGAUCUGACACUUUCUAAACCGAAAAGAGAGUUUCUAAAAAGAAGUUUUAAAUUUAGUGUUGCUAUGCUUUGGAAACAGCUCUUGAAUAAAGCAAAACUUGCCGAAAACUCGUCAAUCUCUUCAUUGAAGAAGCUUAUUAGAUCAUAGUUGGGUCUUGCCAACCUGUGUAUCCUAAUAGUCACGAACUAUUUAUGACUUUCUGUGUAGCAACAGAGGUAGAAUUAUAAGAAAUUUUGGUAUUAGUUUAGCAAUUUAAUACAAGAUUUUUUUGUGUCAACACACCCUCCGUGGAAACCAGCCGAGUUUGUUGGGGCUAGCGUGUUUCUCUUGUAAUUUGAAUUUUUAAAUAGAGUAUUACCUACUUACCUACACUUGGAUUUUGUACACUGUAAUGACACCUUUGAUCUUUUCGUGUAAGUCACUUCCCAUUAAAUAAAUUAUUAUUGUUGCCUUUGAAAACCAUGCAUGAAGGUGUAUUGGCAAGUUAUAAUAAAUUUAUUGUAGUCAUUUUGUCAUCAUCAAUUUGCUCUCUCUCUCUUCAGCUGGCUUAUUGCAUUGUACAAUUCUUGGAAAAAGACCCCACUCUUACAGAACCGGUGAGACAAAUACUACUGCUUAAUUCCUUUCAUUUUUGAAAUGCAAACAUAAACAUUGUUAUAUGAACCUAGUGUCAGUUGCGUCUAAGCAUGUUCACGUGAGGAAAAAACAUGUUAUAAUUGGGUGCAAACAUGGCAUGUUUUGCCACAAAACAUUUAUUUUGCUCAACAAAAUAUUCUUUGCAAGAAUUUUUAGACUUUAAGAAUAAUUUGUGGAAGCAAGAGAAAUAUGGCUGAAAGUUGAGAAAAACGAAAUCGCCGAUCAAAAACAUAUAAACAACUUACCUUUGAUGCGACAGUUUGCUUUAACGGCUGUCACAGGGCUGUCAAAAAGCUUUUAAGUGGCAGGCUGAUGAUGAAUAGUAGCCGGCUUUGGAGCUCGCACCAAAGGCACAAGUUUUUUAGGGCUGAGGCAUCUAGGAACGUUUUGGAAUUUAGAGUCUCGGAAACGCCAUUUCCAGAGGUUUCCAAGAGGUAUUUUUCCACUGUGAAUGCCAUGUUGCUUUGUCAGAAUACACGCAAGACUGGGAACAAUGCUGUCGAAAUGUUCCAGGCAUUUCACGACAUGGCACCGUUCAAACGUUUCACAGGUCUAAACCUGUUUAAAUAUGUGUUCAAUGUCAUUCAAAAAAAAGGGAAAAGGAAGGAGUGGAAUUUGAAUAUCUGCAUUGAGAAAGUCUAUGUGUAAUGCUGAUUGGCGGAGAUCACAUUAGUAAUGAUGUCAUCACCCUUGGCACAUGUUUUUCAAUGUUUGUUUACAUUAGUGCUGAAUGGCGGAACCUGACAGCUCAGUCGCGGGGAGUCACAGGGGAAUUGUAGGUGGAUUUCAAAUUUCAGAGACAUAGUUGCAAGCUUUCCUCCCUUUUCCUGCCCCGCUGCCAGAGUGCCACAGAGAGCUUGCUCACAAGCUAAUUAGUAACCAGAAGGUCACAGAGAGUUCUUGUAUUUUUUCUUCUGAGACGCCAGUGUCACUGACUAUAACGAACAACUUUCUCAUAACAUUAUAUUAUAUUACUUUUAUUUGUUAAGGUGAUCGUGUCACUUAUGAAAUUCUGGCCUAAAGUUCACAGCCCAAAAGAGGUGAGUGUUUUUGUAUCCUGAAUGAAUGUUACUAGGAGGUGGCUGAGCUCAAGUUGGAGAGUUCACAUCUUUAAUGGCAGUACAAAAUGCAACAUGCCAAUGAAAAAGUAGCUCUCUGUAUCAAGAGGAUAAAGUUACUGAGAAACUCCAUAAACUGUGAGCACCAGAAAUAUAUCUUGAAUGUUACUGUGCUGCAAGGGAGGCUCAGCCAAUCAGGUGUGGGAAUACUAAACUGCGAGCAGCAAUGGUUAUGGCUUUGUGGCCUGCUCGCAUGCCCUGAUCUUCAAUGUAUAGUCGUAACACGAUGAACAUUCCAAAAAUAUUUCAGGUGUUCAUGGUUUUAUUAGUCUGACAGCAAGAGCCGAGAAACAGGUCAUUUCCAGGGCUGUCUCCAGUUGAUUGAGGGGGCACAUGGAUUCAGGCUUUGAGUAUCUCUUUAAUGUACUGUCUGCUUUUCCGUCUGUUUCCCAAUUAAACCCCAGGAAAUUCAGAGGGUGAAUAUUGCACUGAAUCAGAAGUCACUUUUUCUGAAUGAAAAACUUCCAUUCACUGGUGUCUUGCAUUUCACUGAAUAACCUCAAAGUUCGAAGCCUGUGGCCCCUUCCACAUUACAAAGCCUGAAGUCUCUAGGUCUCUAGUGAAGCUGAAUUAAUGUUCUAGAUCCUGAAGUUCGUUCCCUUACAGGAUAUUUGAAUGUGACUGACAUGCUUAAGAGAUUCUAAAAUUCCAUCUUGAAAGAGUAUUUUUUGGAUUACUUAUUUCCAGGUGAUGUUCCUCAAUGAGCUUGAAGAAAUUCUUGACGUCAUCGAGCCAUCAGAAUUCACCAAAGUCUUGGAGCCACUUUUCCGACAACUGGCAAAAUGUAUUUCCAGCCCACACUUUCAAGUAGGUUAUUUAAAUAGAUGUAACAGUGCUAACAUUGAGGAAAAUGUUUAUAUCUUUUAAGUGAUUAAAAUAUUAACCAGGGGCCGGUUGCUCGAAGCCUUGUUAGCGCUAACCGUUGGUUAAGAGGUAUCAAAAUAAAUAGGUUUCCAUGGUAUUUAACGCUGGUUAGCACUAACCAUGCUUCGAGCAACCCGGGCCUGAAGUGAAACAUUUUCAAAAGCAAUAUCUGGACUGUGGGAAGAAUGUUUUUUGGUGAUGUGUCAUUUUCUCCAUAAGAAAAUUAGCUAUGUUAGUUAACUUUAGUGAGUGAAACUACAAAGAAGUUUUUCAGUGAAUUUUAACGAAUAGGUAGCCCGAGAAAACAGCCGACAUUUUGCGACACCACUAUUGGUUUCCCCGCGUAAUGACGUCUGAGAAACGAGUACAAAAAUUCCAUACCGAUGACGCGUCACUACCCAGAUGUGGGUAGUGCAUCUGAUUGGCUACAAAUUGAUUCAGCCAAUCAGAAACACGACCCAGAUCUGCAUCUUCUUUAAGGAAUUUCUGCGUUCGUUUCUGAGACAUCAAAGGGCUUUAUAUUUGAGGACGAGGACGGCUACUACGAGUACGAGAUUUAACUUAAAGUGCUUUCGCAUAUUCUCGAAAAAUGUUCAAUCCUUCAUUGUACUGUUUUUCACCUGAAAAGUCAGUGCGAUUAUUUUUACUGGAGGCAAUUUAGCCCUUUCCCGGUCACAAAAUGAUUGAACUUGUUCCAGGGGCACCCAACGAGAUUAUAGUCCAAAACCUCUUAAACAUAGCAUUGUUAAACGUAUUUUAGUAUUUAAACGGUAGAUAAAGGCAUAUUUUUAUCCCCUAAAAAUUUUUCAUCUGUUCGGAUUUCCUAGCUGAAAGUCUAGUGAUCCGAAAAUUAUAGGGAUCAAAACUUACCUUUUCGAAAAUUUCAGCCAGAAAAAAGGCUCCCGAAAAUUAUAGGUGACCUUUUUAGGGUAAAAAUCCGCUAAAAAUAGGCAAUUAUACCAUUUUUUAGAUGUUCGAAAAUCCUAGGAGAGGCAGGCAAGCAAGAAAUUUUACAACAAAUGUUCCGAAAAUUCUAGAUCUCAAAUCGUCUUCCGAACAGAUAUUUCUCCGAAAAUUGUCGUUGGGUGCCCCUGUUGUUCCUGCCACUACGACAUUCUCGCUAAAACUCGUAGUAGAAUGACGACGGCUACCACGUUUUCCCGCCAAAAUGACGUUGGCUCACGCGCGAGCACUACUCAGUAUUGAGAAAAUCUCGUAGUCGUAGUUGUCCUUGUCUCAGAAUCGAAAGCUCUCUAUCAUUUCGCUGUGGAAACCAGUGGUGGAAACCAGUGGUGGAAAACGCGAUAGGUCGGCUGUUUUUUCAGGCUAGCAAAUAAGUGUUAUUAUUAAUUAUUUUUUUCAAGGCCCAAUAAGGAAUUGAUAACAAAAGCUUGUAAUAUGUGCCGUAAUAUGCACUAACAACUUUUUUGGUUUAUUGACAGGUUGCUGAACGUGCCUUGUAUUACUGGAAUAAUGAGUACGUGAUGAGUUUAAUGAGUGACAAUGCUGGAGUCAUUGUACCUAUAAUGUUCCCGUCUUUAUACAAACAUUCCAAAAACCACUGGAAUAAGUAAGUAAAACUGUACCUCUUUCUAAUUUUAAUUGUUUUAUUACUUGACUGACCUGCAUUCACAUUUUGCUAAGUUUUGUCGCCCCAUCUCUCGAUAUAUAGAACACAAUAGGCCAGUGAAUACAGUUAUGGGCUUUGUAUCCUAGCCUUUGACUGAAUUUAUGAGGCUGAGGUUGACCCUCUUUUGAUACACUGAACCUCUUUCCUUUCCUUACGGAAAUUAUUCUUAAAAAAUACUAGUUAGCAUAAAGAACAACAUGAUUUACAUAAUAAAGCAGGAAGGGUUGUAUCAAAACAAGGUCAUCUCCAGCCUCGUUUUCACCUGUAACUGUAAAGUGGGCUGUCAAAACAUCAUUGUGGUCUCUGUCUUCCUAUAUUUGCACUUUUUGUAUUCAGUAUCAAUUAAAAUUCCUAAUUUCUCUACCACUUGGUGGCUAACCUUCGCUCUUUCAGUCUUCAGUUACUAUGAGCAAGUUUGUUCAACUUGUUGAAGUAUUCGCUGCACUUGGAUUAGUACCCGUAUAGCUGAGGAGAUGUAAAUGCAAGUUACCCUGCUAAGUUUCCCUUAUAUGGACACUUGUCUUGUUUGUGUGUAGCCUGGGUAGCUGGCGUUUUUUUUCUUUUGUGGUUCUUGAAGUAAGAGAUAUACAGCUGCGCAAAAGCUAAACCCAGGUCGAAACAGAAAACUGUGGAGGAGGGGGCGAGGGGAUAGUUAACACAUAAGUUGACACAUUUAUAUUCUUUUAGGACAAUUCAUGGUCUCAUAUAUAACGCACUGAAGCUCUUCAUGGAGAUGAAUCAAAAGCUUUUUGAUGAGUGUUCUCAAAAAUAUAAACAGGAAAGACAAAGGUAUAGUGGACGGUUGGUAAUAUAGUCAGCCAUAAAGAGAAUUCCAUGGCUAAUAAGGACUGGAAAAACACCGGGGCUGCAGCCAGGAUAGAUCAUAUUAAAAUAUCAAGUAGCGUUCUUUGGUUGAAAAUGUCUUAAAUAGUACGAGCCUUUGGCCGUCUGAUUUGCGGUAUUCAAGAAGCGAAAUGCGGGGUUAAUUGCAGGCGACAAGAGGAGCCCGCAGUCCUAAUCUCCAGGUUUUUAAUACGCAUGCGUCACAUGUAUGUGGACUUCCACUAAGAACGAAAGGAAUGCACCUAGCUAAAUUUGAUCACGAGCGUUUCUAUCACUCGUAAUCUGAUCGCGCGUAUUUUGACUAUUUGUCACGUGAAACUUAGGCAAAGCACAGCGAUGGAGCAAAAGCGUUUUGGCCUUCGAUCGUUGUCGCCCGCAUUUCGUAACCCUUGGUUAUUACCAAUCAUAGGACCAUCCAGCCAGGUCAGUCUAUUCCUAAAUACAGUCAAAGCCCGCUUUGCGGACACCUCAUGAUUACGGAAAGUUUGCUUUCUCCCUUGCAUUUUUUCUUAAUUCAACCUGCUUAAUACUGACAUUCCGUUAAUACGGACUCUUUUUAUGUCCCCACAGUCUCGGUGUUAGUGUGGUUUGACAGUAUAGUACACACAGCAGGUUUUUCCAAAAAUCUUCCAGAAAACCUACUUCAUUUUUAAAAUGUCCGGUCUGACCACUUCUGACUUUUGUUAAGCGUCCUAUGAUAUGCACAUAACAUUAAAUGCGUAUGAGCUGGUUCUAACUUCGGUACGUUCCUUAGGGAAAAAGACAAGCUAAAAGAAAGGGAAGAGGCGUGGAUGAAGAUAGAUGAGCUAGCUCGUAAAAACCCGAAUGUGAGUAGAACAAUGAGUUGAACUUUCCUAUUAUUUUAGUUCCUUAUAAAAUUCUUUAAGGUUUAAUACCGGUUAUUUUCAAAGGUGUCUCGCGUGCAAGUGAUGUGACGCGUUCCAGUUAAUCUUUUUAAAACGCUAGAAUGGGUCUUCACAUCAAUUGAAUUCCAAAAAUAAUGGUCCAGUUUUGUUAUUUAAGACUAUAUCUAGGCAUUGAAAUGUUUCCUGUCGUCUGUUGCGAAGGAUCGACAUGGAUUGAAACUUGUAAAAGUUUGGCCAACCUUGUCAAGUUUACAUUCUAUCCCUGCAAACAUCACUAAAAAAGUUGUUAUGGUGAUGAAAUUUGGUUGGUAUCUUCUUCAUAACUCUUCAGGAGCAUUUUGUGUAUUAAUUAAGGUACUAAGUAAUGACUCCAGUUCAGAAUUGACCUAAAACAGCAAUAUCCUGGUGACAUAAACUGCAGAUACCAAAACCCUAUAUCCUCUGAUUAAAGCCAGGCAAGGCCAGGCCAGGCCAGCCUAUUAUCCUGUACAGCCCUCGCACUUAGUAAAAGGCUAUUUGAAGCACGCCCUUUCCUUUCACAGUCUUUCCUUUUUUUUAUAGGCUGCAACAUUCGAUCGCCUCCCCCACCACCUUUGACUCGCAGAACUGCAUUAUUGCAGUUGCGUAAUCAAUGGACCCUUCAACGUUUUUUUUUAAAAGUUUUAAUAAAGACCUGUAAGCAAAUAGCCAUCAACACUACGAGAAAGUGCGCCUUAAAUUAGUAACUUCUCAAGUUAGAGUGAUUUUACUUGAACCGUGAAACAGAUACUAACAAAUAGUGCCCUGAAAUAGCAAGAGGUAUUAAAACAAAAGAAUACAAUGGAAUUAGUGCCAGGUUAGUGCAUAAUUGUGCGUAGUAUUCUACUACCUAUUUCACGGGUCAAAAUCACUCUAAAGGCGAUACGACUAAGGCGAGCGAAGAUAUUGCUCCCCCACAAGUCGCUAAAUUUUACAGACAUUUGUAUGGUGGAGGCUUGAAUGUGUCGCUCACCUUACGAACAUUUGUAAAAUUUGGCGACUUUGUGGAGAAAUAUCUUGAUUAGUUUUCAACAAUCCCUUUCAAACUUGGCAACUUCACGGAUUUUAAGGCGUUCUUUCCAGUCGUGUUAACUUAUUUUUGCUGACUGGUCCCAGUCAAAAGUUAAAAAAGUCGUCGAAGGGUUAGUUUUAACUUGUUUGAUUCAAUUUUCACAGUAUGUUAAGAUUGCCCGAUUGGCCCAGGGAGAAGACAGUAAUAAAUUGCUGGACUCUUCAAUGGAGUUUACAUGUAGUGACAUGGAAGGAGUUGAAGAAGGAAACGUGGAUCUUCAAAGAGUACAGAACUCGGUAACUAAAAAUUCUUUGCUAAUACAUUUUAUUCCGCGCCAUGUUUCGCAGAAGUUGAUUUAUUUUUUUUGCUUUUACCAAUGCGAUUAUUCUUGCUUGCUGUAGCAGUCCUGUAAAUUCGCCUCCCAGCAACAGUUUUAGGCUAUUUAAAAAGCACUAAGCAUUAUAGGUAGUCCGUGGUAGAGGGAUCAAACUAACGUUAUAAUACCAAACCGGACAAACGACACUCGAAAGUAAGAACUGAUAAACGUGUGACCUUCUAAUGGGAGACACCUUCCAGAUGAGCUCAGAUCGAAUUAGAAUUUGGAAUAAAAGGUGUUCGAGGGGAUGGGAAAACCAGGCCUGGGGAAAAAGCUUUUGGGGCGAAGGCGAGAACUAACAACAAACCCGACGCACAUACGAUGUCGGCGUCGACGCCGAGACUCAAAUCCAGACCACACUGGUAGAGGGUGAAAUGCCCUCACCACUUCGCCAUCCCUGCUGCCCGGCCCAUACCUAUUCAAAGCGUUGUAUUUUAGGAGGUUUUUUUCUUUCCAUUGUUCUGUUAAAGUUAAGACUUUUUGAUGUUCUUCUCUUUAGGAUGUGCCUGGAAAAAGACCAGCAAACAAAAAGUUUGUACGGCGGAAAUCUGAACUGCCCCAUGACUCCAGGACUGUAAAUGCUCUCAGUGAUUAUCAUAGCCCCGAGCCGUACUUAAGUUCUGCACAAGAAGCUUAGAAAUAUGGUACCAGCAUUUUACAGAUCUUAACGUUUUUAAAAUAGGUCACCUCAUAAUCUUACCUUGAUGUGUAAUUGCUGUUUUUGUGGAUUUUACGGGAUUGUUCUUGCUUUUUAAUUCUAGUCGCUAGAUCCAUGCGCAAAGGCAGGGUUCCCUACAGAGUCCAAAAUUCUUGAAAAAAUCUUCAAAUUUGCCCAGCAAUUAUCCAGACCUGGAAAGAGUCUGGAAAAUUGAGCUUAAGUCUUGAAAAAUGGUAAAAAGUUUGAGUUUUUUUUAAGCUGCAGCAAGUGCAAGUGAAUUUUUUUUUUCGUUUUGCUUAAAUCUUAUUCAAUCUCGCCCGUACGUUUGCAGCGCAUCGUGAAAAAAGCUUUGUUCCUGUGUUUUUUUUUAAAAAAAGGUCUAUUGAUCACCUAUUUGAUAACCUUGAGUCUGGAAAAAAAUUAUUGUUUUGGAAAAAGUCUGGCAAAAGUCUUGAAUUUUGGAUCCAAAAGUUUGUGGGAAGCCUGGACAUAGUUAGAAUCGAGGUAGCUUGCGUGACAGGCGCAAAAAGAGGUGGGGAGGGGGUGGGGAAGAGGGAGAAAAGCGCGAAAGGGGAAGGGAGGUAAGGUCUUUUUCCUUCUGUCCCCAAUUCCCUCCCUUGUCCCUUACUCCCCUUCAAGGUUGUAAUAGACUACACAUCAACUGAAAAUAAUUUGAAGAAACGUCACGAAAAGACUAUAAAAACAAACGAUGCUGCAGUGUUAUAAUCAGGGGGGGAAGAGACGAGGUCUGCCCCCCCCUGGUUAUAAUAUCUCAUAAUGGAAAGUAGCAUCAUUCUUGACCUUCCCUCUGAUUUUUAAAAGUCGAUAUUGUGUGGUAACUCCAGUUAUUUUUUUAAAGCAUUCGUUACAUGUCGUCUCUACUUUUUUUUAUUUUUUGAAGAUAACACCUUAUUCUUUUAUAAGUAUUUGAACUUUUUGUUUGAAUAUGUUCAAGAUUUAGUGGAACAUAUAUCAGGCUCUCAAGAGACUGUUUCACCCGACAUCCAGAUACAUACUCAAAAAAUCAAAGUUAGUGUUGAAAGAAUUUCCCCAUACCUCGUUUCUGCAACCUACUUCUCGCUGUCUGGAUAUCGAACUGAAUAAAGCAGUCUUCCACGUGGUUGAAAGCCAAUUGCUCGUAUACGGUAUGUUUUGAUUUUACUUUUCAUCUGACCUUUUUAUGACUCAAUCUUUUGUUAGACAGUUGAGGUAGCUAAGGGGUUGUCCACACUUGGUGCCCGGGAACAAUUGCCUGGGUACCGGCACAAAAUGGUGUCGUGUUCACAACUUGAGUACCCGAUAUGUGACUGUGUACAUAGGUUCUCCAUUUUGCCCUGUCAGACGCCGGCUUACCUCUUUUGGGCCCGAGUCUUAGUUUCCGACACCGUGCCCAAAUUCUAGCGAGGAUACUGAAAAAAGUGUGUGUUCACAUUAGUACCCGGCACCGUGCUCAGCCACGUGGUCUGAACGCUCCCUAAAGCGCUUUUAUACUUGGUGCCCCAGCAUUAGUGUCUGAGUACCAGGACAAAAUGGGGUUGUGUUCACACACUGGAUACUCAUGUGUAACUGUGUACAUAUUCGCCUCGUCUCAUCCUGUCAGACUCCAUUUUGAAACGUGAGCGUUGCAGGGAGUGCAAAGUAGUGAAUUGCCCCAAAAGCGGUGGGGAUCCUGGAACCCGGCGCCCUCAUGAGUGCCCGACGAUGUAAACCUUGUACGCUGGGCACCGGAACCGGUGUGUUUACUUUAGCGCCCAUUGAGCACCGUUCUCGGCCACCUUGCCCGGGCACCAAGUGUGGAUGCAACCUAAUUUGACUGUUGAUUGUGGAGAGGCGGUAGAGAGCCGCAGAAAGUGAUUUUAAUCGAGGUACGUUGCUUCGCGGAUAGAAAAGAGAUCUAAAAUUUUAUGUCAGUUGGUUAGGUUUGGUUUCAGUUCCUGUAGAUGUGGCCUCAAAUGGUGCCACAUUGUAUCAGUUUACGCUUGGUAUUUAGCACUGUAAACUUGGUGAAGUUAGUGGAAACGUAAUGUCAAUCGGUGUACACUUGUUCCGAAUUCAUUAUGUAAGUUCUCAGUACUUCACUUGAAUUGAAGCGUACAUUCAGUUCAUCUGAAAAAGCGGAAGUAUUAUUGUGCAUUUAGCCGUAAUGGGCUGUCAAUAGUCUCUCGCCUCAUGUAAAGGAAUUCGGAUUCCAGAAUCCUGGAAAAUUUUGCUGAUAAAAUCCAGAAUCCCGGCUUUGGAAUGCGAAAUCCAAGUUUCACCGACAAGGAUCUGGAAUCCGGAAUCCACGGCGUGAUUGAUUUCUGGUGACGGUAAAUAGCAUAUGAUAACUUUUCAGGACUUUUACCUGUUUUGUGGUUGUUAUCCAUGAAAACAGCCGGUUAAAGUAAUGUACAAGGCUCUAAAUGUGCUGCAAAGUUAAUAUAAGACCCCUGAAGUAAAUAAAUAAAAAUGGUAAGGGUGGAGAAUCCUGGGGGCAACAAAAUUCCUAGUUUAAUGGCGGAGCCAUUUCUUAAAACCUCAACUCAGGAAGGUGUCACAGUUGUCAAUCUAUAGCCUGCGUAGCUGGCGGGAUUCUUGUGCCCGGGUAAAUCCCAAAUGGACUUCUCGCGGCUCGGCCGCCAAAACAGCACUCCCACGCUAAUCCCGCCAGCUACGCAGGCUAGUCAAUGAACCGAAUAUUGCUGUAGGAAAAACUGAUCUUUUUUGAACGCAACGGCUGAAAUUUGCAAGUAGGCUUUCUUGCAUGAGAGAGGAAAUAACUGUGACGUGUUUUAUAACGAAUGUAAAUUGUCUCUGUUUCCCCUUAAACCGUUUAAAUGUAUUUUAUCCGUAGAGCGAUUUCUGAAACCUGACUGUUCUAUUAUAGCGUUGCGGCGGAAAAGCUUUUAGUAUACAAUUUUGAAGGGAGGGUGGAAUUUCCGAUCCCGUACAGCAAAAAAAUGUACUCAACUCUUUUAUCUGUAUAUUUAUUCAAUAAUAAACCCCCUCCGAGUCUUAUCACCU